AAUUGGUAUCUACUUCUUAUCGGUCAACCAGAUCCAACCCAUAUAUACCUCUUCCGGAUUUCGUCCUUCAGUUGGACAGCUGAAGAAGAAGAUGGGGAAAGACAAAACUUCAUCCUUUAAGCAACAAUUCUCUCUGGAGGAAAGACUCCAGGAAUCCCAAGAUAUGAUUGCUAAAUAUCCCGAUCGUUUGCCUGUUGUGGUUGAAAGAUAUUCAAAAACCGAUCUCCCCGAGAUGGAGAAGAAGAAAUACCUUGUACCCCGAGACAUGUCUAUCGGACAGUUUAUCCACAUCUUGAGUGUUCGCCUUCAUCUGGCUCCCGGGAAGGCUCUGUUUGUAUUUGUGGAGAACACCUUGCCUCAAACAUCGGCGGUGAUGGAUUCUGUGUACGAAUCAUUUAAGGAUGAAGAUGGGUUCUUGUACAUGUGCUACAGCAGCGAGAAAACCUUUGGUGCUAUAGCUCCCAAUUAAGUUGCGUCACUCACGUUUUACAUAUAACUUUAUUGACAUGUUUAUGCUAAGUGAACUGUGGUGACCUCAUUGGAAUUAUGUACAUUCUUUAAA